AUGGACACCCACUCCCAGAUCGUCACAGCUGCAGCUGUUGUACCAGAGAACUUUCACCACGCUGGGGCGAAGGCGGUAGAGAAGAACGAAGGACUGAAACAGGAGCAACAUGAGCUAGAGGAAAGGCAUGGCAACGAAUCACAGCCACGAUCAGAGAACGCAGAAGCCAUGGAAUAUGUCCUGUCAGCUAGGAAUUUGACUGCCCUGAUUACUGCAAUUCGGCUGAUAACAUUUACGACCGGUUUUCAAAUGCAGAUCAUGUCUCCGCUCCUGCCAUAUGUCUAUAGUGAAUUUCGCGCGCAUUCCCUCAUUCCGACCGCCAGCAUUGUGUCAAGUGUCGUCGGCGCAGUUUCUCGGCUGCCACUGGCGAAAGUAUUGGACGUCUGGGGCCGAGCAAUAGGCUUUGCUCUGACACUCCUUAUCUUCACCAUCGGCACCAUGAUGAUGGCAGCUUGCGAAGAUGUUGUGACUUACUGCGUAGCGUCGGUGUUUUUCUGGACGGGCUUUGAUGGCAUGUCUUAUGCCUUGUUCGUACUCAUUGCCGACCACUUCCCCUUGAGGAUCCGCGGCAUCAUGUUUGGGCUGUAUAAUUCACCGUGGCUCAUUACGACUUGGAUUGGCGCUCCAGUUGCAACUGCCUUUCUUCGGGGCGCAGGCUGGAGAUGGUCUUUGGGACAUUUUCAAUCCCGCCAGGCCCCAAAGCCGAAAGGGCCGUCAGGAAGACGUACGCUCUGGGGAUCAUUGAAACACUACUGGAUCGAGUUUGAUUGCAUUGGCAUUCUCCUUUUAACCUCGGGUUUUUCUCUCUUUCUCCUGCCCUUCAGCCUCUAUACGAGGCAGAGUCAGGGCUGGGCAUCACCAAUGAUUAUCUGCAUGUUGGUGUUUGGAGGUGUUUCUAUUAUCUUAUUUGCACUUUGGGAGAAGUAUCUGGCCACCAAGUCCUUCAUCCCUUUCUCACUACUCCAGAGCCGAACGGUUAUCGGGGCCAGCAUCUCGUAUGCAGAAACAUAUAUGGUCUAUUAUUGCUGGACCAGCUAUUUCUCUUCGUCCUUGCAAGUUGUGCAAGGCUUAUCGGUUACGCGUGCCGGUUACGUCUUCCACAUCCACAAUAUUGGAUGGGUGGUCGCCGGAAUUGCGGCCGGUGCCUUGGUCAAGGCAACUGGUCGUUACAAAUGGCUUGCUCUCGCCCUGGGCCUGCCGCUCCAGAUCCUUGCCACGGGCUUAAUGAUUCAUUUGUCCAAGAUUGACUCCAAGACGAGUGCGAUCAUCACGGUCCAGAUAUUCCUGGCGAUAGGUGAUGGUAUAAUCUACAUGUCUUCGGUGAUCGCGGUCAUGGCAACUGUCCAUCAUGAGCACUUGGCCAGUGUGCUGGCCCUCUACAAUAUGAUCGGUACGACCUUCCAAGCCGUCGGGGCAACCAUAUCCGUGGCAAUCUGGACGAGGGCGUUUCCUGAGAACCUCUCGAAAUACCUCCCGGCGAGCGCUCAACCAAAUCUAAUGGCCAUAUACAGCGACCUCUCCACGCAGUUGUCGUACGAGAUAGGCAGCCCUGAGAGAAUUGCCAUCGCCCAGGGUUAUCCGGAGACAAUGCAAAAGCUUUUCAUUACAGGAACUUCUAUCAUCUCCAUCGGAGUCAUUUCCACCGUGAUAUGGAGAGAUGUCAAAGUUUCAAACGAGAAACGAAGCUCCGCAUUCCCUCUGUGA